AUGUCCUCCAGGCGAUUUUCGACGACUUUGCGCUGCUUGCAUAUCCCGGAGCUCGUACUGCUGAUCUGCGCGGAGCUCAGAGAUGCGGAGUGCCACAAAUCAUUGGCGGUGUUUGCGUUGUGUUGCAGAUCUGUGUGCGAGCCCGCACUCGAUGUAUUGUGGGAUGAGCAGUAUUCACUGGUUGGGCUGACGACGGUGCUGUCUUGUCAUCUACCUGGGGAUGAUCUGCAGCGGCACGGGAGGAAGGUAAUGUAUACUCUAUGCAGUCGUUGA